AUGUUGUAUAGGCAUCUGCCCAGAAGAAGGCGAUGUGUGAGUAUAUUUAUCGUUCUAUGCUUGGUCAAUAUACUGUUCUUUAUAAUCUAUUCAUUAUAUCAUAGACCGCAGCAGACACUCUCGGAUCUCCGAACGUCCCUCCAAUCAAGGAUAGAUGAUCCAGAUAUAUUACUAAAGGAAUUAGAGAAGAGUUUACCACAGCUCACGCUUGCAGAUGAUUAUACUAAAUACUGGAAGUAUUUUACGGGUCUCCAUGACUAUAAGGUUGAUCUCAACGCAGAGGAAUACCGAAAAGUGCGGUCUGAGAGACAUUUCUUUGACCCGAGAGUGACACUUGCUGUGUAUGCUCAUCAUAUUCGGAAGCAGCUGGCUGAAGGUGCCUACGGGAGCGGCGUAGAUUCCGUCCAUGUACCAUUUUCUUGGCAGGACUGGGUUGAUCUUUCUGAUUUAAAUGUCUACUUGAGGUUUAAAGAAGAUGAUAAGCCCUCAUGCAGGGAUUUUCUUGAAUUUGGUGUACAUUAUAGUCCCCUAAUCAAGGGUAUGCAUACCAAAGAUAAGACAAAAAUCGAUUUUGACGAUGCGUUCUUCAACAGACAACCAUGCACGGAUGACGCUGACUACGAGGGACCAACAGAUGAGAAACUUCUUCCGGGAUUCAACUUCCAGGGCCGCUGCUUUGCAUCAUGGUACUUGGAGAAAAAAAUUCAGGCCAAAUCAAUUGUUCUUUCCUCUUUACCACUACCAAGCUCUCUCGUUUUCUUAUCAAAGAAUGGAAUAUACGAGACUGGGUUGUCUCAGGAUGAAACUAUGCUGGAUAGCGGUUUGUUCGAUGAGUUCGUAGAGGAUACAACUGACUCAAAAACGGGCUCAUUACUUGUAGAUCCUAUCAGUGAAUACAAAGAGCUUCAAAAGGUUGCCGAUGUUACCGAAAAGGGAUUAGACUUUGACUCUUUGCUCUCCCGAAGUACAAACUACCAGUACGAAAUACCCAUGGAUGAAUUUUACUACGAUUAUAAUGGAAUAAUAGACAAUCUCACAGCUAAAGAAGAUUCUCUUACAACCAAGGAAUCUCGCCAUUUACAAAAUCUCAAGUAUUCAAGAUCGCUUAAUCCAGACCAUCUCAGUAAGUCAUUUAGAGAGGUGGAACUUACUUGGUCUCAAAGCUUUCACGGCCACAAAAUAACUGAAAAUGGAGCUCAUUAUGAUAGUCGGUUUUUCGGCGGCUUUUUAACCGAAUCUAAGGUGAAUGAAUUUGAUAACGUUGACGUCAAGCGCAAGUUGAUCUUGCACAGAAUGUUGCAUACAUGGUUACAAUUCACUUAUAAGACAGGAAUCGUGUCUAUUCUCGCCCACGGCUCUUUGCUUUCGUGGUGGUGGAAUGGACUUGUAUUUGAAUGGGAUUCGGAUAUUGAUGUUCAGAUGCCUAUCAUGGAAUUAGACCGGCUAUGCGCUGCCUAUAACGGAUCGCUAGUCUUCGAAGAUGCCCAAUUUGGAUUCCACAAGUAUUUUGUGGAUUGUACCAAUUCCAUUACACAUAGAGAUAAGGGUAAUGGAAAUAACAAUAUUGAUGCCAGAUUCAUCGAUGUUGAUAGUGGAAUGUACGUUGAUAUUACCGGAUUGGCCUUUACUGGUACGCAUCGAAUACCAAAGAGAAUUCGUCUUCUCUGGCAAAAUGAUCCAUCCAAAUUUCAGGACCCCCACUACAAAUAUCAGCAGAGUAUCACUGAUAAGGAAUUAGAGAAAGAAAAUCUGUCUUUAGAUAAAAGAGCGGUACAAAUGUUACAGAAAAGGGGAAAGGCUAUUGGAGAGAAUGAAGGAGAUUUUCACAGGAAUUGCAUGUUGCACGCUUUUAACUGCAGAAACAACCAUUUCUAUACUUAUGAAGAGUUCUCACCUUUGAGGUUGUCAUCCAUGGAAGGUUCACCUGUUCUUAUUCCUAAUCAGUUUGAGGAUGUUCUUCUGUCCGAGUACAAGAGGGGAAUGACACGGAAGUCUUUCAAUAAGAACAUAUACGUUUCGGAUCUUCGCCUCUGGAUGCCAAUGGAUACAAUUAAGGGACGUCUCGGUAGAGAAACCAAGAAAUUCUUAGAGCAUAAAUUGGUCGACUUUCUUUCCAACAACCGAUUAAAAUCUCUGGAGGAAUUGCUAGGAGAUGAUGAUAUCAUGAAGGAGUUUUAUUUAACAUACAAACAGACUAGAGCACAUGUGAACGAGGUAGAACUUGUGGGGAAGAUGAAGUCACAUGAAAUAACUGGAGAAGAGUGGGAUCAGUUUCACUCAUUAAUGGAGAAGUACAAGGAAUAUACCAAACCAAUGCGGAAAGAUUAUUAUAACUAUAUGGCUGAAGUGAUGGCUUUGGAAGAUCAUCAGCCAGUGCGUUUGAAGAACUUGGUAGAUGAGGAAAGUUAUGACGAAGUUGGGUUUUUCCUUCCUGUAUUAUAUAGCAUUUAG